GUAUGGGCUUUAGUUUCCCUUGCCUUCCCUAAAAAGGGAGAAUAUUUAAAAAAAAAUGUUUCAUGUAGUUUUCUUUGUUUACUCGUAUUGUUUUGAAUCUAAAUUUUGAGGCCUUAGAUUACUGAAUAUAAACAUUUUCAGUAAAACUGUGGAGGGUAUAAAAAGAAGUCACACGGAACCAAAUCAAGACUGUAAGGAGGGUGUCCCAAGACUCUGACUGGUACGGAGUCCAGGAAGUCCUUUGUUUUGAACGCAGAGUGCGCGGGCGCGUUGUCGUGGUGAAGAAGGACCCCGCGGAACCUGGCAUGCAUUUUAUGCUAUACCAUUUGGCGCUUUGGUCUCGAAGUGAAAUUGAAAUUAGGUACCCCGUCAAAGUGAAGAAACUAGCGAUCAUAAUUUUCCCUGCGCUCCUCGAUCGCUUCACUUUCGUAGUUACUUUCUUUUAGUUUCGUUCGAACAUUGGUUCAUUUCGAAACAGACAAACUGUCGACUGACGCUUUGUUUCUGGAUCGUAUUGAUAAAUCCAGGAUUCGUCACCUGUCACAAUAUCGUAAACGCGCCGUGACGAUCCUGCAUCAAUUUUUUGUAUCAUAUUACUGUACCAAUCCACACGGGCCUGCUUCUGAGCUUCGGUGAGGUUGUGGGGCACCCAGCGAGAAACUAUCAUCCUUACGCAAAGGUGCUCGUGCAAAAUCUUGUAAACACUUCCUGAACCAAUCUGCAGAGAAUGCUGAGUCUCUUCGUAUGUAAUUCGUCUGUUUUCUUGAAUUAUUUUUUUUACUGCCAGCCUGCGAAGAAAGUGUUUCUUCGGUGACAGCCCUCGUAGGACAACCACUCCUUUGUUCAUCCCCCAAAGUAAGACGACCGCAUUUGAACUCGCUACACCAGCAGUAGAUGGUUGCUUUUGAAGGUCCUUCAUCCAUAAAAGCAGUUCGAAAUCGAUCAAAUGAAUCAUCAGGUUUUAAGCCACCUUUAAAAUCGUAGAAAAUCAUAGCACGAAAAUGUUUUAGAUGCAGAUCCAUUUUAUAAUGAGACAAGAAAUAUUUAAUUGGCAAUCAAAAAAUGUGGAGGUCCUUUUUACUUUUAGGUAAUGAAAGUUUUCAAAAUAAUUACAAGUGGCCAGUGUCUUCUUAUACAUAAAAACUUUUUUUCGCAAAACUUUCUGAGUGGCCUGGUGUAUAUGACUGGCAUUUGUUUGCUUUUUUUCCUGUAAGAGAACGGAUGACAUAGAAUACUGCAAUCCGGCAUCUCUGUCCAGUAUGGAUUUCAAUUCAAUUUAUUUAUUGCAGACCAUAAUGGAGAUACAAAGGUGGUAAUAUUAACAGAUAAAAAUUGCAUUAUGGACCCUGCAGUGUAGGGUAUCGCAAUUGGAAGAGGAGAGGACGUCUUAUUCAUAAUACCUUAUUGUGAUAUAAUAGCAUUUAUUCAAUAACAUUAACCUAAUUUUUUUAAUAAAUACAUUGUAAUUUUCUACAUUUUUUAAAUUUUCAGGUUAUUUAUUAUAAAUUGUUAUAGACAUAUAAUACGUGCUAGAUGAGCAUAAUUUGAGGCGAUCAGUUAGAACCAUUAGCUUUUUCUUGUGUCUUGAUGUAUAUUUUGAAGGAAUGUUUUCUCUUCUAGUAAAAAAAAAUAGUAUGUUUUUACAAAUUUACAAAUCUCAAAUAUAAAAAUGCUUGGUAAAGAAAGAAUUUCAUAUUUUUGGAAGUAAGGUUUACAACUUUCAGUUUGGUUAAUAUUAACAAUAAUACGAAUAAGUUUCUUUGUAGUAUAAAUAAAGAUAAAGCGGAUACGUCCGUACUGUUCCCCCACAAGAUGUUUCCAUAGGUAAACCAGGCAUUGGCAUAAGCAUAAUAUGUGAUAAGAGCAGUCUUUAGAUCUGUUGUUUUUUUGACCUCUCGAGGUGCAUAUUCCCUCAUGAACGUUAGAUAAGGUCACCGGUACGUUGCUCGCUAGCUUUUGUCGCCAUCGCCGGCGCUGAUGUGGUAUUUUGUUCAUUGACCCUUUCGGAGGCGGCUGCAUGCGCCAGCGCAGGCAUUAUAAAUUCGACAACACUAUUAAACAUAAUCUCAAAAGUUUUGUGAUUGACGUGUUUCUAGAACAUCCGUGAAUUUUCGUGAAAUUAUUCUUUAAAAAAAUUGGAUGUGCUAGGAGAUAAAAAAAAAUACGAUGGUUCCUAAUCUAUUUAGUCUGCUGAUAAUAAACUGCUUUUUGGUGUUAAUUUUUUGGUCUGGUGCAAAGGCCGAACUUUUCACCGCCAUAUCAGAAGUAGAGCCUCUGUUAGUGACACACAAAAGAAUUAUAGAUGAUCUCGAUCACUACAUACAACAGGAGGAGAAAAGACUAUUUACUCUGAAAAAGCAAUUAAGUAUCUACAAAAGAGAACAUGAUAAAGCUAUGGAAGACAUCCCUAACUAUUUAGGAAAUCCCAUUAACGCGUUCACGCUUAUCAAAAGACUGACUGCCGACUUAGAUUAUAUCGAACAGACUAUAAAAGUUGGCACAGAGUACAUAAAGAACAUAACAAUGAACCACGACGAUGUUAAGUAUCCGGCGAUUGAAGAUUUGACGGGUGCAGCGCAGGCCCUCACGCGCCUCCAGGAAACCUAUUAUCUGGACGUGACCGAAUUAGCCGAAGGCGUUCUAAACGGCGUCACUUAUAGUACUCCAAUGACCGCCGGCGAUUGUUUCGAGUUAGGAAGAGCUCUCUAUAAUGAAGAAGAUUACAAGAAUGGCCUGGCUUGGAUGUUGGUCAGCCUACAGAAAUACAAGAAGGAAAAUGAACCAUAUUUCUUUAAUGAGACUACUAUCUUGGAUUACAUUAGCUUUUCGUACUAUUUGCUUGGUGAUGUAACAAAUGCACUGGAAUGGACAAAGAAGUUAUUAGAAGUGGAUCCCAAUCAUAGUCGGGCACGGAACAAUAUACCACAUUAUCAGAAGGCUAUUGCCGAAGAAGAGGUGAAACUUGCCAAGAAAAAAAGAGGGGACGUAGGCGAGGAAUCGCAGCAGGUAGUUACAGUUCCCGAAGAGCUAUCUGAAUUCAUGAAAGAAAAGAAAAUGUACGAGCAUUUGUGCAGAGGAGAAAUGGAUAUUCCCCCAGAAAUUGCUAAAAAGUUGUACUGUCGAUACUUGACGGAGAAUCAUCCGUUCUUGAAGCUGGCCCCCAUCAAGAUGGAGUAUGCUUAUCUGAAGCCUGAUAUCGUGAUAUUCCAUGAUGUCAUGAGCGACGACGAAAUAAAGUUCAUACAAGAAGCUGCUAAACCUAGGUUCAAACGCGCCGUAGUGCACGACGCACGCACUGGUAAACUCGUACCAGCGCCGUACCGCAUCAGCAAAUCGGCGUGGCUCAAAGACGACGAAGCGGACGUUAUAGAGCGCGUGUCUCAACGUGUCGCGCAUAUGACCGGCCUCAGUAUGUACUCGGCCGAGGAGCUGCAGGUCGUCAACUACGGCAUCGGGGGCCAUUAUGAGCCGCACUACGACUUCGCGCGCAAAGCGGAGAGCGCUUUCAAGAAAUUCCAUGGGAACAGAAUUGCUACUGUGCUAUUUUAUAUGUCGGACGUGGCCCAGGGGGGCGCCACCGUGUUCACUAAGCUGGGCUUGAGCUUGUUCCCCAUUAAGGGGGCUGCAGCGUUCUGGUUGAACUUGCAUCCUUCGGGCGAAGGCGAUCUGGCCACCAGGCACGCAGCCUGCCCCGUUUUACGAGGCUCCAAGUGGGUAUCUAACAAAUGGCUCCAUCAAGGGGGACAAGAACUUCUGAAGCCUUGCAAUCUAGAGUAUCAAGGUGAAGCCAUCAUUAGACCGAUACCUAAACCAAUUCCUAAGACUUCCAGGUAGGAACGUCGCCAAAGUCCUGAAUUUUGUGCAAAUGUCCCAGUAAAGAACUUUAAUCAAACGUUUUCGCGCAAUAUUUUUAAUCACUCAUGUCAAGUGUGAAAUAUAUUGUAACUAUGUUUAAGAAAAAAAUGUGGAAUCUCUUAGAUUUUUGUAAAGGCAAAAGCGGAUUAGCGGGCUUCGAAUUCUACUCAUACGAAAUAAACUUUUACUACGUAAGAAUAAUGUUCAAAAUCCGCUUUGUUAUGUGUUAAAACAUCUACUGAUUGAAACUUUGUAAUCGUGCUUUAGAAGCUAUUUAUGUUAAUUAAAAUAAGUAAUAAAUUCAGUUUGGUGUUGUGUUCAUAAUACUAAUGACAUAGCAAAUAGAGAAACCAAAAUCUAAAUACUUAACGAUAUAAUGAUAGUUAUUUUAAUGCAAUUAUGUAUAAAGGAAAAUGGUAUAUAGAAAAAAAUACAUAAUGAUCGUCUAAUGGAUUAUAUCCACAUUUUAAUAUAAAACAGUACAACAUAUAACUUAAAAGUAUUUCUUAUUUUAUUUGGUGCGUGAUAGAUGAAACGUUUUCCUAUAUCCUUUUUUAUAACUUGCGCUCACCCAAAAUUAAUCUGCUUGAAAAAAAUUGUUUGCCACAUAGAAUAAAAAAAUUACGGGGCAUCAUUUGAGAAUAGCAUAAGAACAUGAUUCGUAGGGGGGGAAAUAGGAAAAGGGAGUAUUUUGCGUUGUCUACUUUCCGAGUGCAGCCAUAAUGAUUUUUUUAUUUAUUAUUAAUAGUAACAGUAUCUUUAUUAAUAACUUAUUAUAAAGUCGUUAAUGCCAUUAGGCUUUCUUGCCAUUAACAAAAGCUUAACAAUACAUAGAAGCUGCUACAUUGCCACAAUACUUGCAUUUUAAAUUAUUAUUUAUUUGAGUAAGUUGUAUGACUAAUAAAUAAAGGUAUAUCCAUACCGAUAUGCAUUUACUACUUAUAAAAUUUCGAUCUGUUUUUUUACAUUUUGUUAAUUAUGGCCAUAUUUUGUGAUAUUUAUAGAUGUAGAAGAUCACAUUUAUUUUAUUAAUUUACUUUUCAGAUAUAUUUUAAUUUUAAAGCCAUACCUUACUAAAUCAAUCUACAGAAAAUAUAAUAAGGAUUUUUCGAUUGAAUAAUUUGAAAUAAAAAUAGUUUUGGCACUAGGUAAGAGUAAAUAAAUGAUAUAUUUUUAUUUUCUUUACAAUUAAAGAUACAAUAUGUGAGAAAAGAAAACAAUAGGAUCGUUAACACAGGAAUCGCUGAUCAUUAAACUAUUAAUUAAACACAGCCCAAACAGUUCCUUGAGGGACUCAAAUUUAAUAAAAAUAUUUUCAAUUUAAAGAUAAUUGUGUUGUAAUAAAUUAAUGAAAUAAACUAAUUAUGAACACGAUCCACAAAAGAUCCUUAAUAUUUUGUACAUUUUUAUUGUAUUACAAUAUCAAAAGUGUUUGUCCAAUCAAACAAAUUACUUUCAUAUUGUGUAUGAGUUAUAAAUCAAUUUGUAUGUGUCUGUCCAAUAAUUGUGUUAAUAUAAUGUUGAUCGUGCAUAUAAAAGUAUAAAAAUCAACAUGUUUUUUAACAUUUUUAAUUGCGUUAAUAUUUGAUAAAUAAAGACUGUACUUUUAUAACUUAAAACAUCGAGAUUGGCUGUAUUGGUUUUGAGAUUAUUAUGAAAUAAAUGCUUAAGUGUUGCUUAUUCGGUUAUUGCAAUACAAGAAUAUACAGUAGCUAAGUAUAAAUUACAUUUACUACACAUUUGUUGUGGUAAUUACAUGUUUUAUUUUAUUUAACUAACAGUACAAAUAUUUUUUAUAUCCGAAAACAGUAAAUAAUGUGACCGCCUCUGUGUCCGUAUAAAUCUAGUACUAAGUUGGAUGAAAUCUUAAUGUUACAGUAACUUUUGACAUUAAAAAUGGAUUAUUUACAAAUACAUUGUUCUUUAUGAAU